UGCACCAGUUCAGUUCGCGUCUAUUUUGUACGCGAAACAGUAAAAAAAAAAGAAAAGAAAUAUUUGUACUAUUUUUCUAACAUUUAUACGCUUUUUAUAAAUGGAUAACCAGCCGCGGAUAAUGCUGUGAGGCCCCCUUUUCGAUCAUCGAUAGCGAAGCGCGAGCACCGUUCCCGAUUACCAAACCCCAAACCGAAUCGAAUGCGGAAAAUGAUGUAAAACGGGGGGAAAUCUAAACCAAAAGGCCCCACAGAGCACAGCCACAAAAUGGAAAGGCACUAGCAACAACAACACCAACAGAGAAGCGAUGACCAUGUCGUGGCAUUUUUGAAGCAUCGAUCUUAGUUCGUUAGCCAGCUUUCUGUUCAAGCCACAGGCGGAGAUCCAGUUAACCCGCCACCAGCAGAUCCAGCACCAAAUCCAAGUCCAAAUCCAAACCCCUCACCCGAUCCCAGCGAGCAGUUCAUGAUGCAUAUCAAAAGCCUGCCCCAUGCCCAUGCCGCUGCCACUGCGAUGAGCAGUAACUGCGAUAUCGUCAUUGUGGCCACCCAGCCCCAAACAACCAUUGCUAACAAUAAUAACAAUGAUACGGUUACCCAGGCCACGCAUCCCAGCCACAUGGCAGCAGCGGCGGCGUCAGUUCAGCAGCAACAGCACCAGCAUCACCAGCAGCAACAACAACAGCAGCAACAACAGCAGCCCAGUGGUCCGCCCUCGGCACCGCCGCCACCGCCGACGGAAUUGCCCUUGCCUUUCCAGAUGCACCUGAGCGGGAUCUCGGCGGAGGCGCAUAGCGCAGCUCAAGCAGCGGCCAUGGCAGCUGCCCAGGCAGCGGCGGCCCAGGCGGCAGCAGCCGAGCAGCAGCAACCAGCGCCACCGCAACAGUCUCAGCCACCGCACCUGGCACAUCUGACCUCGCACAGUCCGACGAUGUCCAGUGAUCACUAUCUGGGCACAAACGGGCAUGAGCAUCCUGGCGAGGGUGGGCCUGGUAGCAAUGGUAACGCCGGCGGCGGAGGACCCCGCGAGCUGGAGAAACCCUUCCACUGUACCGUGUGCGAUCGUCGAUUUCGGCAGCUGAGCACACUGACCAACCACGUGAAGAUCCACACUGGCGAGAAGCCCUACAAAUGCAACGUUUGUGAUAAGACCUUCCGUCAAUCGUCGACGCUGACGAACCAUCUGAAGAUCCAUACGGGCGAGAAGCCGUAUAACUGCAACUACUGUCCUAAGCAUUUCCGUCAGCUGAGCACCUUGGCCAACCACGUGAAGAUCCACACGGGUGAAAAGCCCUUCGAGUGUGUCAUCUGCAAGAAGCAGUUCCGCCAGUCCAGCACGCUCAACAACCAUAUAAAGAUUCAUGUGAUGGACAAGGUCUACGUUCCUGUCAAGAUCAAAACGGAGGAGGAGGAAGGGUGACUAGGACGGAUGGCGUUGGCGGCACACCACCAUCAGCACCAGCAGCAGCAACACCAUCACCAGCAGCAGCCUCCGCCUCCGCCCAGUAGUGUUGUCCUGGCAGGACACCACCACCACCAGCAACAUCAACAGCAAUCGCACCAGCACCACCAGCAGCAGCCUCCGACACCGUCCCAGCAGCAGCCACAGCAGCAGCAUCUGCAGGACGGCUCGCCGCACCACCACCACCACUUUAAUGUGGCCGCUCUUGGGGAUUUGUCCGGUGCAAUGCAGCUGGGCGCGGUGACAGCGGACGGUAGCUUUGUGACCAUGGGCGGUGUGGUGGUGGGCCGGAUACAGCAUACACGCGAGGAACUGCAGCAGCUGGGAGUGAUUAAGGUCGAAUCGCCAUCGAAUGGCGUGACGACAGCCACAACGUCAGCGGCGGCGUCGACGCAGCGCGAGGGAUGAGUCGAUGAGCUGCUCCUCGAGUACAUGCUCAAGGAGGAGAAUGUGGAUGAUGAGGAGGAUGUAGAGCAGCAU